CAAUUCGUUCGCAACAAGAAACUCAUCUCUUUCUGUUUUCCUUUUUUGAUACUCUACAUUAUCGCAAACCCCUCCAAUCCCAGUUCAGGUACUGUUCAUCCCCUUCUUUUGCCGUCCGUGAAUACUGUUGAUGUCUUGCAAUUUUGUAGUGUCCCUGUGUUUUUAGGUAAAAUCAAUUGGACUUGCUGUAUAUAUAUAGAAUUUCUGGUUAUUGUUUUCUGGUAUGCUUGUGAAUUGAAGUUUGAGGUUUGAGAAUCUCGUAGUUUUCCGUGAUCUAUUUCUGGCGAAUUCCGUUGUCUCGCCGUUGUGAAUUAGGGUUCUCCGCAGGAUAAAUUUGGGGAUUCACCAAAUUUUGCUGUAAACCCCAAUUCGUAUCGUUCUUGUAGUGCUUGUAAGUAAAAAAAAAUAAAAAUGGUAGAUUCAAUUGCUGCAGCAUCCCUCUUAGGAUAUCUACCCAUCAAUGGGUGUUAUUAUAGCAAAGAUGUCUCGAUCAAACGUAGUCCGGCUGAUCCUUACCGGCAGCCAUUUACUAAAUUCCCCUGCAGAAAAGUUCCAUUUUGUGUUUCACCAUCUUCAAUGAUCAAGGCUCAAGCCAAAGAAUUAACCAAAGAGGCAUAUCCAUAUUCAUUCCGCGAUGAAGAAAGAACAAGAACAACCAGAGACUUCCGAAACAGGAUUGAUACUGGUGUUUAUCUCCGGCCGGGGAUGUGGCCACCGGAGAACAAGGCAGACAAUCCAGCCCUUAAUAACCCGUUACUCCGGCAAGAACGGAUGGGUUGUGGAUGGCUAGGUGUUAUAUUCGAAUGGGAAGGGGUGUUGGUCGAGGACAAUCCAGAUCUCGAGAAGCAAGCAUGGCUGACCCUUUCUCAGGAAGAAGGGAAGUCGCCGCCUCCGGCAUUCCUGCUCCGGAGAAUAGAAGGCAUGAAGAACGAACAAGCCAUGUCCGAAGUUCUCUGUUGGUCGAGAGAUCCAUCUGAGCUGAAGAGAAUGGCAUCAAGGAAGGAGGAUAUUCACCAAGCUUUACAUGGUGGGAUGUAUUCCCAUAGCUUUCGUCCCGGCUCCCGGGAGCUUGUGAAUGUUCUGAUGCACCAAAAGGUGCCGAUGGCGCUGGUGUCCACCCGUCCAAGAAAGUCCCUUGAGCAAGCAAUUGGAGCCAUCGAUAUGGAAGGUGUGUUCGACAUCAUCGUGGCGGCUGAGGAUGUCCACCGAGGGAAGCCAGAUCCCGAGAUGUUUGUAUACGCCGCACAGCUCUUGCAGUUCAUACCCGAAAGGUGCAUUGUCUUCGGAAAUUCGAACCAAACCGUGGAAGCAGCACACGAUGCACAGAUGAAGUGUGUGGCGGUCGCUAGUAAACACCCCGUGUACGAGCUUAAUGCAGCCGACCUGGUCGUCCGACACCUUAACGAGCUAUCAGUUGUUGAUCUGAAGAACCUGGCCGACAUCGAAUCGCCUGAAUUCGGGCACAACGAGCCCGAGCUGGAGAUGGAACCUGAGGCAGAAGAUGAGCAGUACCACUCCUCGACCGGUUUUUCCGAUGAUUUCUGGUGAUGAUGACUCGCAAAUGUACAGAUUGAUCAUUGAUGAUAUACGUAGGCUAUGGAACUAUAGCAUUCGCUGUGUAAAGAAUAGGGAACAGACAUUAAAGUUUGCAACAUAUUGCAGGAAUGGUAUAAAGUUUGUAGUUUUAAAUGACUUUUGCAAGAAACCAACUUUUUAUAUAUUA